AGCCUGUUUGCUCGCUAUUCCAGGAAAGAGCCGGGCCCCCUCCGCGCACACACGCGAACAGCGGAACAAACAAAUAAUAAAGGCAUAUUUAUCAAAGACAGCAAUAGAACAAGUUGUAAUUUGACCUGAGUUCCUAGCUUGUUUAGUUUGAUAAGUUUCCGUCGUUGUUUUGGUGUUUUAUUUUGGGCAGGGGUUGGAUAAAAAAAAAAGGGAGGGAGGGUAACUGACAUUUUGAUCCUAUUUCCUCUGAGUUGGAAGUUUGGAGCUGUGUAACUUAGAAGUGGGAGUUACAGAGGACGGCUACUGAAACAGAUUGUAAAACUUUUAAGGAAUUUCUCAACGUUAUUUUUAACCCCUUUCUGAGGUUUGAAUUAACAGCAAGUUGGUCUGGGCUGAGUUGUGAGAUUUGUAGGCCAUGACGACCAUCAACACAGCAAACAUCAACUUCAAGUGGGACCCAAAGAGUCUGGAGAUCAGGACACUGGCUGUGGAGCGGCUGCUGGAGCCUCUUGUCACUCAGGUGACCACCCUGGUGAACUCCAGCAAUAAGGGUCCCUCCAACAAGAAAAAGGGCCGUUCUAAGAAGGCACACGUGUUGGCUGCCUCAGUGGAGCAAGCCACACACCACUUCCUGGAGAAGGGGGAUAAGAUUGCCAAGGAGAGCCAGUUUCUGAAGGAGGAGCUCAUUGCUGCUGUGGAGGAUGUGCGCAAGCAGGGAGAAGUGAUGAAGACUGCCUCUGGGGAGUUUGCAGAGGAUCCCUGCUCGUCGAUGAAGAGGGGGAACAUGGUGCGAGCCGCCCGUGCCCUGCUGUCGGCUGUCACUCACCUCCUCGUCCUGGCAGACAUGGCUGAUGUCUACAAGCUUCUGGUGCAGCUCAAGUUGGUGGAGGAGAGUCUUGUAAAGGUCCGCAAUGCCGGCACGGAGCAGGAGCUCGGGAUACAGUACAAGGCACUGAAACCUGAAGUGGAUAUACUCAGCUUGAUGGCUGCCAAGAGACAACAGGAGCUGAAAGACAUUCACCACAAAGACCAGAUGGCAGCUGCCCGUGGGGUUUUGCAGAGGAACAUCCCCAUGCUGUACAUUGCCUCCCAAGCCUGCCUGCAGCACCCUGACGUGGCCGCUUACAAAGCUAACCGGGACCUGAUCUACAAGCAACUCCAGCACGCUGUCUCUGGGAUUUCUAGCGCAGCUCAGGCCACUGCCUCUGAGGACUCCGCCCUAUCGCAGCCUGGGGGAGGUGGGGAGCUUGCCUACGCGCUCAACAACUUUGAUAAACAAAUCAUUGUGGAUCCCCUGAAUUUCAGCGAGGAGCGUUUCAGGCCCUCCCUGGAAGAGCGACUGGAGAGCAUCAUUAGUGGCGCAGCGCUGAUGGCUGACUCGUCCUGCACACGUGAUGACCGUCGGGAGCGCAUUGUGGCGGAGUGCAAUGCGGUGCGACAGGCCUUGCAGGAUCUCCUGUCCGAGUACAUGGGCAAUACGGGCAGGAAAGAGAAGAGUGAUGCUCUCAACACAGCCAUCGACAAGAUGACCAAGAAGACCAGGGAUCUGCGUCGACAGCUGCGCAAAGCAGUCAUGGACCAUGUUUCAGACUCUUUCCUGGAGACCAACGUCCCCCUGUUGGUCCUUAUUGAAGCUGCAAAGAAUGGCAAUGAAAAGGAGGUGAAGGAAUAUGCCCAGGUGUUCCGUGAACAUGCCAACAAGCUAAUUGAGGUCGCUAACCUCGCUUGUUCCAUCUCCAACAACGAGGAAGGUGUGAAACUGGUCCGUAUGGCUGCCUCCCAGCUGGAGACUCUGUGUCCUCAGGUGAUUAAUGCUGCUCUAGCUCUUGCUGCCAAGCCCAGCAGUAAGGUGGCACAGGACAACAUGGAUCUCUUCAAAGAGCAGUGGGAGAAGCAAGUGCAUGUGCUCACUGAUGCCGUUGAUGACAUCACUUCCAUUGAUGACUUCCUUUGCGUAUCUGAGAACCACAUCUUGGAGGAUGUGAACAAGUGUGUGAUCGCGCUGCAGGAGAAGGACGUGGAUGCGCUGGAUCGCACAGCUGGGGCCAUCAGGGGCCGUGCUGCCAGGGUUGUCCACGUUGUCACCUCUGAGAUGGACAACUACGAGCCUGGUGUCUACACAGAGAAGGUUAUAGAAGCCACUAAACUGCUCACCAAUACAGUGAUGCCCCGUUUCAGUGAACAGGUGGAGGCUGCAGUGGAAGCUCUGAGUGGUAACCCCUCUCAGAUACUGGAUGAGAACGAGUUCAUUGAUGCCUCGCGCCUUGUGUACGAUGGAGUGCGGGACAUCCGGAAGGCAGUGCUCAUGAUCAGGACCCCAGAAGAACUGGACGACUCUGACUUUGAAACCGAGGACUUCGAUGUGAGGAGCAGGACUAGCGUCCAGACUGAGGAUGACCAGCUCAUUGCCGGCCAGAGUGCCAGGGCUAUCAUGGCUCAGCUUCCCCAAGAGCAGAAAGCCAAGAUCGCCGAACAGGUUGCCAGUUUCCAGGAGGAGAAGAGCAAAUUGGAUGCUGAGGUGUCCAAAUGGGAUGACAGCGGCAAUGACAUCAUCGUGCUGGCCAAGGAGAUGUGCAUGAUCAUGAUGGAGAUGACAGACUUCACCAGGGGUAAAGGGCCACUGAAGAACACAUCUGAUGUAAUUAGUGCUGCCAAGAAGAUUGCUGAAGCUGGUUCAAGGAUGGACAAGUUGGGUCGUACCAUUGCUGACCGCUGUCCGGACUCUGCCUGCAAACAGGAUCUGUUGGCAUACCUGCAACGUAUUGCUCUCUACUGCCAUCAGCUGAACAUUUGCAGUAAAGUCAAGGCUGAGGUGCAGAACCUUGGAGGAGAGUUGGUUGUGUCUGGGGUGGACAGUGCCAUGUCUCUGAUUCAGGCUGCCAAAAACUUGAUGAAUGCUGUGGUUCAGACAGUAAAGGCCUCUUAUGUGGCUUCCACUAAGUACCAGAAGUCCUUGGGCAUGAAGUCCCUGAACCUUCCUGCUGUCUCCUGGAAGAUGAAGGCACCUGAGAAGAAGCCCUUGGUCAAACGUGAGAAACAUGACGAGAAAACUACUAUGGUCAAGAGGGCGUCUCAGAAGAAAAACGUCAAUGUGGUGCAAGCCCUUAGCGAGUUCAAAGCUAUGGAUAGUAUUUAAUAGCUUGGGAUGAAAUGAAAUGCUUGAUGUGUUGGCAGACAAGAGCGUGAAUUGUAUAGAGAUCAAUUGAACUGGUCUUUCAGAGUUUAAAUGAAAGGUUUCUUAGAUUGUUUGCAGCGAUUCUACGCCAUUAGCAAACCAUUUAGUUGUGUGCAUUUUUGCAAUUCCUCUGCAUUGUUUUCUUGCUUUAAUUUGACACUCAACUGUUUUGAUUUGUCAGGGAAAACUAGGUCAAGCAAUCAUGUAUUUCUUAAUCUGUGCAGGUGGACAGUUUUAAAUUUCAGUGUAAUUCCAGCAACAAUAAGUAUUAAUGUGCUUACUCGCUCUGUCUGUUAUUGAACACUGUUUUAGAUGAUGCAAACACGAUUUCUAUUAUAGCUUGCUCCAGUUUUUUUAUUUAUAUAUAUUAUAUAUAUAUAUAUAUAUAUAUAUAUAUAUAUAUAAAUAUUUUUUGAACUAAUCUCUUAAGGUAUAUAGGAUGUUAGACUUGAUAUCCAGUGAUCUGUGUUCCAAUGGUCGCAGCCUCCACCCCAUUCCAUGAUUAAUAAUCCAACCAUUUUUAUUUAAGAUUCUCUGAAAGGUUCCAAUACAUAAGAGUAAAGGUGUUGCUAAAGUAUGUUUGUAGAGGAGGUCUGUUUAGUUUUAAUUUCAAACUGGAACCAAGGACACCUUUUUGAAAAGUAGAGUUAACAGAGUAUUGUGUAGCCAGGGUUUCCUUUAGAGACGUUCAAGGUGUGAAUAAAAUCACUUUCUGUGCUAACAGUGCUGUAGUAAUUCAUUCCCACAAGAGGAGAGACAAUCAAACUGCAACAAGUUAUUUUGAUAUUUUUAUGACUGUACGCAUUUCAACACUGUUUUAAAAAAAUAAAAACUGAUAUUCAGUGCUGUACUCUCCUGAAGUUCUCCUUGCAGUUUUGUACCUCAGUGCUUUUAAUGCAUCAUCCUUUUCAUUAUGCAUUUUGCAAAAAUUAUCAAUCAUGAAUUCUAUAGCUUCAGUUUAUAUUCACACAAAAGUUGGCAAAAUUGGCCUUUCGAAGCAUUCUAGUUGAAAGUAGUGCAAAGUUGAGUGAUGCAAGAUGUGGUUGCAUUUUACAGUCCCUGUUCUAACAUUUUAAAAAGGAGUACAAUUAAACAAGUCUCCUUUUAAUGAAUAGUGCAAUUAACAUUCGACUGAAGGGCAACUUGCUAUGCAGUGAUAGAUGCUGCUGUUGAAAAUAUGAUGCAAAAUUGAAACUUCUUUUCAACUGACAGUAACUAGACUUCACAAUUGUGCAACCACACUUUUAAUUUAACACAUUACAAAUCCAUUUAUUUAUGUUAAGCAAUAGUAAAACCAUACUUUUGAAGAGUUUUUAGUCCGGGAUUUUGAGGUCUGGAAAGAGUGUGGUUUUGAAUGGUUACAACAGCUUCAAUACCUUCUGUUUAACCUCUUUUUUGAAUUGUUUCUCACCUCUUGAAAAGAGAAUCCAGUAUUUAUCAAUUUCUUUUUUUUUUUUUUUCUUGCUGUUUUGACUUUUCAGUAUCUGCAGUUUUUUUUUACUACUUUACUGCAAAGUUGCUAAAUGUAUUUCUGUUCCUGCUUCCAGAUUAAAGAAUUUUAUGAUUGG